AUGGAGAAAUGGGAGGGGGGGUCAGGUGUCUUUGCUGCUCGCUGCCAUGGGCUUUUAAGUGAAAAGCAAAAGUCCUUGUGGAUGGGGCCACGGCUGCACCCGCAGCCUCUCUUACACCACCUUGUCCCUCCCCAGGGAGGCCGGCGGGUGGUGGGCUCGUCCCGCGUUGGGGCUGCCCUGUCUAGACCAGAGCUGUCAGUCCCUCAAGGUCCUUUCAUUUUGGAGCUGGCAACUCUGAAGGCCCCUGUGAAGGAUGGAGACGAGUGUGAAACCACACACAGACUCGGGAGCCUGCGAACGGCGCGCAAACCCCCGGGAGCUGUGCAGUCUUUUAUGCUCCACAGGUUUUAUAGACAAAAACCCACAGGGGUCCCAUUCAGAGUGUCAGCAGCGCGGACGAGGGGCAGCUUGUCCCCGCCCGGGCCGCUGCAGGCAGGGGUCCGAGCCUCCCCGCGCCCGCGCCCGCGCCCGCCCCGCCGCGGGGACGCAGAGCCCUCACAGGGGGUCGCGAGCGCCGCGCCUGGGACGGGCCUCGAGGGCAGAGGGGCGCUCGAGCCCGAGCCGCCGUCCGGUGUGGUUCGGGGCCGGCCCCCCGUCGGCGCUCUCCCGGCUUGGGCUUGUUCCGGGGAGAGGGAAGCGGGCCGGGGCGCGGCUGCCCGGCCUCCUCCGCCCUGGGGGCCGGGGGUCCUGGUCUGUGGCCGGCACAGCGCAGGCGCCUUGGCGGUGAGGGCCGGGUCGGAAGCCGGCCGCACGUGUGCGACCCGCGGGCGCGAGGGCGGGCGGGCCGGCGGCCGGGAAAGCAGCGCGCGGCCACCUGCGGCCACCCCGCCGGAGCGCAGGCCGGCCCCGACCUGGCGAGCAGAGGAGGACCGCGCGCCCCGGCGCUGCGCGGCCCCGCCGCGGCCGUCCCCGCGCUCCCGACCCCGCGCUCCCGACCCCGCGCUCCCGACCCCGCGCUCGCGUCCCCGUCCCCGCGCUCCCGUCCCCGUCCCCGCGCUCCCGACCCCGCCCCCGCGCUCCCGUCUCCGUCCCCGCGCUCCCGUCCCCGCGCUCCCGUCGCCGUCCCCGCGCUCCCCGUCCCCGCGCUCCCGUCGCCGUCCCCGCGCUCCGGUCCCCGCGCUCGCGUCCCCCGUCCCCGCGCUCGCGUCCCCCGUCCCCGCGCUCCCGACCCCCCCCCCCCCCCCCCCCGCGCUCGCGUCCCCGUCCCCGCGCUCCCGCCCCUGCUCCUGUCCACGUGCCGGCUCCGGAGGCCUCGAGGCCGGGGUACAUCCUUCCUGA